AUGCGCUUGACAACAGCCAUUGCGUCGCUGCUGCUGGUGGGCUCUGCCCUCAGCCUGCAGAACCCUCACCGUCUCGCUGCGAAUGCCCGCCCGCGCAAAGCAUUGGCUCCACGAGCUGCAGCGGGCCUCGUCAGUAGUACUGCCGACUACACGUACCUGACCAAUAAGACCGCCAGGUUUUUGGUCAACGGCACCGGUAUCCCGGAGGUCGACUUCGACGUAGGCGAAUCCUACGCGGGUCUGCUGCCGAAUUCCCCGGCGGGCAACAGCAGUCUCUUCUUCUGGUUCUUCCCUUCGCAAAAUACCAACGCUACCGACGAGAUUCUGGUUUGGCUCAACGGCGGCCCCGGCUGCAGCUCUCUCGACGGCCUGCUGCAGGAGAACGGCCCAUUCCUGUGGCAAUCCGGCACCUACAAGCCGGUCCCCAACCCGUACUCGUGGACCAACUUGACGAACGUGGUGUACGUCGACCAGCCCGCGGGCACGGGCUUCUCGCCCGGCCCGUCGACGGUCAACAACGAAGAGGACGUGGCGGCGCAGUUCAAGAGCUGGUUCAAGCACUUUGUGGAUGUGUUCGGCCUGCACGGACGGAAGGUGUAUCUGACGGGGGAGAGCUACGCGGGGAUGUACGUUCCGUACAUCGCGUCGGCGAUGCUCGACGAGAAGGACACGACGUAUUUCAACGUGAAGGGGGUGCAGAUCAACGACCCCUCCAUCAACGACGACUCCGUCAUGAUCUACGCCCCGGCAGCGCGCCACCUGAACCACUACACCAACAUCUUCGCCCUCAACACCACCUUCCUGACCCACAUCAACCACCUCGCCGACACCUGCGGCUACAACGCCUUCCUCGACGCCGCCAUCCAAUACCCACCCCGAUCCCCCUUCCCCCCGCUCCCCAACAUCACGACUGACUGCCUCGUCUGGGACGAGAUCGUCGAAGCCGCCUACAACACCAACCCGUGCUUCAACUUCUACCACCUCACCGACUUCUGCCCCUACCUGUGGGACGUGAUGGGCUUCCCCUCGCUCGGCUUCGGCCCCAACAACUACUUCAACCGCUCCGACGUCCAACGCGCCCUGCACGUGCCCCCAACCGACUACAGUGUCUGCAGCGAGACCACUAUCUUCGCCCAGGGCGACGGCUCCGAACCCAGCUCCUGGACCGUCCUCCCCUCCGUCAUCGAGCGCACGAACAACACGCUGAUCGGGCAGGGUUGGCUCGAUUUCCUGCUCAUCUUGAAUGGCACCCUGGCCACGAUCCAGAAUAUGACCUGGAAUGGUGCGCAGGGGUUCCAGACCGAUCCGCUCGCGCAGCCCCUGUUUGUCCCCUAUCAUUAUGGCUUGAGUGAGCUGUAUGAUGGGGAUGAGCCGGACCCGUUUAACUUGGAUGCCGGGGCGGGAUUCUUGGGCACAGCCCAUACGGAGAGGGGGUUGACGUUUAGUUCCGUCUUUGGGGCGGGCCAUGAAAUCCCGCAGUAUGUGCCUGGCGCGGCGUAUCGGCAGUUGGAGUUCCUGUUAGGUCGGAUUGGGAGUUUGCAGCAGCGAGGUGGGUAUACUGCUUAG